CUGGUGAAGGUGCUGGACAAGUGGCCGCUCCGGAGCGGGGGGCUGCAGCGCGAGCAGGUGAUCAGCGUGGGCUCCUGUGCGCCGCUCGAAAGGAACCAGCGCUAUAUCUUUUUCCUGGAGCCCACGGAGCAGCCCUUAGUCUUUAAAACGGCUUUUGCCCCCCUCGACACCAACGGCAAAAACCUCAAGAAAGAGGUGGGCAAGAUCCUGUGCACUGACUGCGCCACCCGGCCCAAGCUGAAGAAGAUGAAGAGUCAGACGGGACAGGUGGGGGAGAAACAGUCGCUGAAGUGUGAGGCAGUGGCCGGUAACCCCCUGCCCUCCUACCGCUGGUUCAAGGAUGGCAAGGAGCUCAACCGCAGCCGCGACAUUCGCAUCAAGUACGGUAAUGGCAGAAAGAACUCACGACUACAGUUCAACAAGGUGAAAGUGGAGGACGCAGGGGAGUACGUCUGCGAGGCUGAGAACAUCCUGGGGAAGGACACAGUCAGAGGCCGGCUCUACGUCAACAGCGUGAGCACCACUCUGUCAUCCUGGUCGGGGCACGCCCGGAAGUGCAACGAGACAGCCAAGUCCUAUUGUGUCAAUGGAGGCGUCUGCUACUACAUCGAGGGCAUCAACCAGCUCUCCUGCAAGUGUCCUGUGGGAUACACCGGGGACAGGUGUCAGCAGUUCGCAAUGGUCAACUUCUCCAAGCACCUGGGAUUUGAACUAAAGGAAGCUGAGGAGCUGUACCAGAAGAGGGUCCUGACUAUCACUGGCAUCUGCGUGGCUCUGCUUGUUGUGGGCAUCGUCUGCGUGGUCGCCUACUGCAAGACCAAAAAACAGCGGAAGCAGGUGCACAACCACCUCCGGCAGAACAUGUGUCCAGCCCAUCAGAACCGGAGCCUGGCGAAUGGACCCAGCCACCCCCGGCUGGACCCCGAGGAGAUCCAGAUGGCAGAUUAUAUCUCCAAGAACGUGCCAGCCACGGACCACGUCAUCCGAAGGGAAACCGAGACCACCUUCUCUGGGAGCCACUCCUGUUCUCCGUCUCACCACUGCUCUACAGCCACACCCACUUCCAGCCACAGGCAUGAGAGCCACACAUGGAGCCUGGAACGUUCUGAGAGCCUGACCUCCGACUCCCAGUCGGGCAUCAUGCUGUCAUCAGUGGGUACCAGCAAGUGCAACAGCCCAGCAUGCGUGGAGGCCCGAGCACGGCGGGCAGCAGCCUACAGCCUGGAAGAGCAGCGCAGGGCCACUGUGCCUCCUUACCAUGACUCCAUAGACUCCCUGCGUGACUCUCCACACAGCGAGAGGUACGUGUCGGCCCUGACCACGCCCGCGCGCCUCUCUCCGGUGGACUUCCACUACUCGCUGGCCACGCAGGUGCCAACUUUCGAGAUCACAUCCCCCAACUCGGCGCACGCCGUGUCGCUGCCGCCAGCCGACUCGGCGCCCCUCUAG